AUGGCAGCCGCAGCGUCCUUGCAGUAUUUCCUGGAAGAAGCCACCUGCUCCAUCUGCCUGGAGUAUUUCCAGGACCCCGUGCUCAUCCCGGAGUGCGGCCACAACUUCUGCCGGGGCUGCCUGACCCGCAGUUGGGGGUCGUCGGAAUGGAACGCUUCCUGUCCCCAGUGCAGACAGACCUUCAAGCCCCGCAAUAUCCUCGCCAACAAUCAGCUGGCGCGGCUGGUGGGAGAGGCCAGGAGAUGCGGAGGCCCUUGGAGCGAGGACGGAGGGAGCUUCUGCCCGAAGCACCGGGAGCCCCUCAAGCUCUUUUGUAAGCACCACGAGACCCUCAUCUGCGUGGUCUGCGACCGAUCCAAAGAGCACAGGGGUCACUGGGUAAUCCCUGCGGAGGAGGCUUUCCAGGAGUACCAGAUUAAGGUUGGGGAUUGCCUGAAAGCUCAGAAAAAGGAGAAAGAAAAAAUAGCUACCUACAAAACAGUCACAGAGCAAACAGUGUGGGAGAUGCUUCAUCUCAUAGAAAAAGAGAAAAAAAAAGUAGUGGCUGAAUUCAGAGAGCUACAACUCUGGCUAAAAGGACAGGAGAAGCUUAUGUUGGCCAGAAUGGAAAAGACGGAGGAGGAGAUUAUGGCAAGAAAAAAGAAGGGUUUGUUCAAGCACAUCAGGGAACUGUGCUAUCUUGACAAUCUCAUCCAGGAGAUAGAAGAGAAGCAUCAGCAGCCAGCCAGCAAACUCUUACAGGACAUUGGAAGCAUCUUGAAGAAGUGGAUUCACAAAAAUGUUAAAGAAUAUCAGGCAAAGAAAAGCUAUGAGAAUCCGGUGAAUUUACUUCUAGAGCUGAAGUGGACAAUCUGGGAUGACAGUGACAUCACUGUGUUUCUGAAAAGCGCCCUGAAAAAUUUGAGAGAUACUCUGGAAAGUGGACUUCAACUCCAGGAAGUAAAUGUAAUUCUGGAUCCAGACACAGCCAAUCCUGACUACCUUGACAUCUCCAAAGAUCGAAAAAGCAUUGGGAAAUGGGGAGGGAAAUACAUGGCUCUCUCUCCGUCAGUAUACUCUGAAUUUGUCCUGACUGAGAAGCCCACAAGGAUCUGCAUCUCUAUCAACUGCGAAGUGGGACAAGUGAGCUUUUUUGAUGCCAGGACCGCAGCUCUGCUCUAUAUAUUCUUGGAUGCUUCCUUGUUAGGUGGCCUUGUAAAUGAAAGGAAUGGGUCAAUCAGUCUAUAA